AUGAACAGUCCUCACUUAGACGACGCUCAACAAGAAAGUCGCCUUGACCAAGGGUCGACGUCUUCUACUGGUCGAACCCUCACAAAGGCCACUCCUAGCCGGGGAACUAGGUUCUGGAUGGUGUUCAUUGCUGGACUUACUGUUGACCUACUCUCGGCUCUCGAUCUGACGGCGGUCUCCACAGCGCUCCCCACAAUCGUAAAUCAUCUGAACGGUUCUGACUUCAUAUGGGUCGGUAGUGCGUACUCAAUCGGUGCAACUGCCGUUCUACCACUUGUGGGAGGCGUGGUCUCCAUAUUCGGCCGAAAGCCUAUUUUGCUCGCCUUCAUCACUAUCUUCGCAAUUGGCUCUGCGAUAUGUGGAGCUGCACAAAACAUCAAUACGCUGAUUGCAGGUAGAGCGCUUCAAGGAUUCGGUGGUAGUGGAUGUGUUGGGACGACGAUGAUCAUUUAUGCUGAUUUGAUUCCCCUUCCUGAGCGUGGAAAAUUCCAGGGCGUAACUGCAUCGGUAUGGGCAUUUGCUUGCGCGAUUGGACCUCCCAUAGGUGGCGCUUUGGCCACUUCCGGUGCAUGGCGCUGGUUGUUCUUCCUGAAUCUGCCGAUAUGUGUGUUAGCAGCGACUCUCGUCGUCAUAUUCCUGCAAAUUCGCACUCCAAGGGAAUCACUUCGCAAGAAACUGGCUCAGAUGGACUGGAUCGGCUUGCUCAUCAUCAUCGGCGGGACUAUGUGUGUCACGCUCGCCCUAACGUGGGGAGGUGUGCGGUACGCAUGGGUGUCUGUUCAAGUCUUGGUACCCUUAUGCCUUGGUGUCGCCUCUAUCAUAUUUUUCUUCGUGAUUGAGGUAUACUGGGUGGAUGAUCCUACUGUUCCUCCAUUCAUCGUAUCUGACCGAACGACCCUCAGCGGAUAUAUCAGCGUCUUUUUCCACGGAAUCGUGUCCAUGGCCAUAAUAUUCUACCUUCCGGUAUACUUUCAAGCCACCCACCUCGCCUCCGCUAUACAGUCCGGAGUAGACAUGUUCGGAACAUCUUUCGUUGUCCCAGUCUUCGCCAUCGGUACCGGUAUCUCUGUCCAAGUCUUCAAACGCUACCGUCCUCAAAACCACUUAGGGUGGAUGCUUAUCGUCAUCGGCUUCGGCGUCUUGUCGCUUCUGGACGAGAACACUUCGAAAGCGAGAUGCAUCGCAUAUCAGGUCGUGCUAGCGGCAGGAAUAGGGAUUGUGUGGAUCAGCACGGACUUCCCCAUCCUGGCUCCGUUGCCGUUUUCAAACAACGCACAUGCGCUGGGGUUCAUGAUAUUCGUACGAUGCUCUGCACAGGGCUGGGGGAUCAUCGUCGGAGGAGCCAUCCUUCAGAACGGUCUUCGGGAGCGCCUUCCAUCAACUUUAUUAUCUAGCCUCCCACAAGGAACACAACUACUAACCUAUUCUGUCAUCCCGCUCAUCCCCGAACUCUCGGACCAGCUCCAGGCCGACAUUCGUGUUGCAUUUGUGGAGAGUAUUAGAUUGAUUUGGAAGACCAUGAUUGGUUUUGCGACUGCAGGUAUGGUGUCGUCGCUCUUGAUGAGGGAGGUACCGCUGAGGAUUAGUAUGGAUGAGACAUGGGGCCUGAAGGUGGGAGAUCACGAAGUUAGAGGACAGACAUGA